UCAAAAAUCUGCAUAAAUACAAAAUCUGAAAAAAAAUUCCUAAAAAUAUAAAAUUGAGAAUUUUUUUCAUUAGGAUGAAAAUUGACAUUUACCUAUGUAUUUUAUACGCGACUUAUAAAAGAAGAGAAAAGCGAUAGAUACACAUUACAUAUAUGUACAACCGGUUAGAGCGGUCUCCAGUACAGACACCGAUACACACUUAAAUUUAACCUUUUCCUCUCUUUCGUUCUUUUUACUGUAUCAGUAUAACACGAGCAAGUGCAAGCAAGUAUAUCCGGCAUAUUAUGCUGAUUAAUCGCAACAUAUGUAGCAUAUUUUUACUACAUUAAUAUAUUUUUCAAGUGUAUAUACGAAGCUGGUCGCAGUAGCAUUUUUCACGCUGAACUUUAAUUCACCUGUUGCAGUAAUUGCAGUUGCGCACGUGAUAUGAAUGAAGUAUAUACAAUCAACCAGCACCUCACACGUUUGAUGAGUGUUUCUCCGCCAUAACCUAACGCAUCUGCGCCAAUAUCUCGUCAACAAUAAUUGCAGCAGUUAGCAUGCUAAUUAUUUGAUAAUUCUCGUCAGGAUGGUGUAUUCUGACAGUAUAUCCGAUGGUAUAUUGGAAAAAUGAUGUCUACCCGUCGCAAAUCUCUGCUGAAAUUGUCACUUUGCAUACUGUAUAUAAUCGGCAUUCUGAUAAUCGCCAAGCAAAUAUUUCGUCUUGGGAUUAAUGGAGACCAGUCUACGUUCCCAAGGAGUAAUAAUUAUUCUGGGAGGCAAAAAGAUGUGGACGCUGCAUUACAGAGAUUACAAAUGGACAGGUAUGAGCAACAGAUAUCAAAAUUGGAACACAAUGUUGUACCUGAACUCGGAGACAAUGGAAAACCUUCUUAUUUAUAUGGAAAAGACAAGAUUCUCGGUGAAGCGGCACUUGCAAAAAAAGCGUUGAAUAUCGUCCUCUCAAACAAGAUAUCAUUAAACAGAAAUUUGCCAGAUGUACGCAACCCACUAUGUGCAAAUGUUACAUAUGACAGAUUAUUACCAAGUGCUAGUAUAAUAAUUAUUUUUUAUAAUGAACCGUGGAGUGUUUUAUUACGGACAGUACACAGUGUCUUGAGACGUUCUCCACCAAACUUAUUAAAAGAAAUAAUUUUAGUGGACGAUCAUAGUGAAGAAGAAGAACUUCAGGGACAAUUAGAUUAUUAUCUUUCGACGCGUUUACCUACUAAAGUGAAACUGAUGAGAUUACCAUACAGACAAGGAUUGAUACGCGCUCGUCUUCAUGGGGCAAAAAAUGCUAUAGGCGAUGUUCUUGUCUUCCUGGAUGCGCAUUGUGAAGUUAUUAAAGACUGGUUACAACCUCUGCUACAGCGAAUAAAGGAUAAUAGAAAUGCUGUACUAAUGCCAAUAAUUGAUAAUAUUUCUGAGGAGACAUUAGAAUACUUCCACGAUAAUGAAGCAUUUUUCUUUCAAGUUGGUGGUUUUACAUGGUCAGGACAUUUCACGUGGAUAAAUAUUCAGAAACACGAUAUUGAAUCGCGUUUCUCUCCUAUAUCACCGACUAGAUCUCCUACUAUGGCAGGCGGUCUUUUUGCUAUUAAUAAAAAAUAUUUUUGGGAAAUUGGUGGUUAUGAUAAUAAAAUGGAUGGUUGGGGAGGCGAAAACUUGGAGAUAUCUUUCAGAAUUUGGCAAUGCGGCGGUACACUAGAAAUUAUUCCUUGCUCCCGAGUUGGUCAUAUAUUUCGAAAUUUCCAUCCAUAUAAAUUUCCAAAUGAUAAAGAUACUCACGGAAUAAAUACUGCUCGUUUAGCGUUUGUAUGGAUGGAUGAUUAUAAAAGAUUAUUUUUACUUCAUCGUAGCGAAUUUAAGGACAAUCCGAAACUUAUUGGAGAUAUAAGUAAACGUUUGGAAUUGCGGAAGAAACUGAAGUGUAAAAGUUUCAAAUGGUAUCUCGAUAACGUUUAUCCGGAAAAAUUCAUCCCUGAUGAAAAUGCAAUAGCUUACGGCCGUGUCAGAUUGCGCAAUAGGCGACUAUGUUUAGAUAAUCUGCAACACGAGGAAGAUAAACCAUAUAAUUUAGGUUUAUAUAAUUGUCAUACUAAGUUAUAUCCAAGUCAGUUUUUCUCAUUAAGCAAGUCUGGUGAAUUACGGAGAGAAGAUACCUGUGGGAGAAUGUUAGAUAUUGAUUCAAAACCGUAUGCACAAAUUCAAAUGUCUGACUGCAGCAAUGAAAAAGGUGGAAAGGAAUGGGUAUUAACGAAGGAUGGCAGAAUAAUACAUGUAGAAACUGGUCUCUGUCUCGAUGGAACUAAACUACAUAACGAUGAGAAUGUACGAGCAACUCGUUGUACUAAUGCACCAGAUCAAUUUUGGAAAUUUGAUUUUUAUUCUAAUAAAGUGUUAUCUGUAUAACAUAUCUUUUAUUGUCUGUUUAGAUUAUAUUCUGAUGUUUGUAUAUUAAGAAAUAAAAAUUUUGUAUUCUUUCUAUAAAA